AUGUCUCCCCGCCGCUCCUCCGCCGGCGGCGAUCUGCCCGUCGCCGACAGAGACCAAGCCCGGCUGCAGCAGCUGGGAUACAAGCAGGAGCUCAAGCGCGGCCUCUCCGUCGUUUCCAACUUCGCCUUCUCCUUCGCCAUCAUCUCCGUGUUGACGGGCGUGACGACGACCUACAACACCGGGCUGCGCUACGGCGGGCCGGCGUCCAUGACGCUGGGCUGGCUCGUUGUGGCGCUCUUCAACGGCUGCGUGGCGCUGUCCAUGGCGGAGAUCUGCUCCGCCUACCCGACCUCCGGCGGCCUCUACUACUGGAGCGCCAAGCUCGCCGGCAAGGAAUGGGCUCCACUUGCGUCCUGGGUCACCGGAUGGUUCAACAUCGUAGGGCAGUGGGCGUGCACCGCGAGCGUGGACUUCUCGCUGGCGCAGCUGAUCCAGGUGAUCAUCCUGCUGGGCACCGGCGGGGCCAACGGCGGCGGCUACCUGGCCUCCAAGUACGUCGUGCUGGCCAUCUACACCGCCAUCCUCAUCGUUCACGGCCUCAUCAACAGCCUGCCCAUCCAGUGGCUCUCCUGGUUCGGCCAGCUCGGAGCCUUCUGGAACGUCGCAGGUGUGUUCGUCCUCGUCAUCCUCGUCCCAUCGGUGGCCAAGGAGAGGGCGAACGCCGAGUUCAUCUUCACGCACAUGAACACCAGCAACGGCAUGGGCAUCCAUAGCAAGGCCUACAUCCUCGCCGUCGGGCUGCUCAUGAGCCAGUACUCCAGCAUCGGCUACGACACCUCUGCUCACAUGACGGAGGAGACGAAGAAGGCGGACUGGAACGGGCCGAUGGGGAUCGUCUACUCGGUCUCUCUGUCCAGCGUGUUCGGAUGGAUCUACCUGCUGGCUCUCACGUCGGUGGUGACCGACAUCCCGUACCUGCUGGACGCCGGCAACGACGCCGGCGGGUACGCCAUUGCUCAGGCCCUGUACGCCACCUUCCACCGGAGGUACGGCACCGGCGCCGGCGGCAUCGCCUGCUUGGUCAUCAUCGCCGUCGCCGUCUUCCUCUGCGGCACCGCCUGCGUCACCAGCAACUCCAGGAUGGGCUACGCCUUCUCCAGGGAUGGGGCGAUGCCGUUCUCGCAUGUCUGGUACCGGGUGAACAAGCAGGAGGUGCCCUUCAACGUCGUCUGGCUCUCCGUGUCCGUGGCGUUCGUCAUGGCCCUCACGUCGCUUGGGAGCCAGGUGGCGUUCCAGGCGAUGGUGUCCGUGGCGACCACUGGGCUAUACAUCGCGUACGCGCUGCCCAUCUUCUUCCGCGUCACGACGGCCCGGAAAUCCUUUGUCCCGGGGCCGUUCCACCUCGGGAGGUACGGCCUCCUCGUCGGCUGGGUCGCCGUCGCCUGGGUGGCCCUCGUCACCGUGCUCUUCUGCCUGCCGGUGGCGUACCCCGUCGCGGAGGACAACCUCAACUACACGCCGGUCGCCGUCGGCGGCGUGCUGGUCCUCAGCGUCGGCACGUGGCUACUCCACGCCCGGUUCUGGUUUGAAGGCCCCGUCAUCAACGUCGACGCCUAG